AUGUCUGAAACGGCUCCGGCCGCUCCGGCCGCUUCGGCCCCCGCGGAAAGGUCUCCGGUCAAGAAGAGGGCGAAGAAGCCUGCGGGAGGAGCGCGGCGCAAGGCUGCGGGGCCCUCGGUGUCCGAGCUGAUCACCAAGGCGGUGGCGGCAUCCAAGGAGCGCAAUGGGGUGUCCUUGGCAGCCCUAAAAAAGGCGUUGGCCGCCGCCGGCUACGACGUGGAGAAGAACAACAGCCGCAUCAAGCUGGGGCUCAAAAACCUGGUAGCCAAAGGCACCUUGGUGCAGACCAAAGGCACCGGCGCCUCGGGCUCUUUCAAAAUCAACAAAAAGGCGGCCGGCUCCGAAGGCAAGGCCAAGAAACCCGCCGCCGUCGCCAAGCCUAAGAAAGCGGCCAGGGCCUCCCAAAAGCCCAAGAAGCCGACAGCAUCCGGAGCCAAGAAGAACGUGAAAAAGACCCCGAAGAAAGCCAGAAAACCGGUGGCGGGAGCCAAAAAACCGGCCAAGAGCCCGAAAAAGGUCAAAGCUGCUAAGAAAGCAGCCAAGAGUCCGGCCAAGCCGAAGGCGAUAAAGCCCAAAGCUGCCAAACCCAAGGCCGCGAAACCCAAAGCUGUCAAACCCAAAAAGGCAGCGGCGCCCAAGAAAAAAUAA